AUGAAGUUCUCUGCCAUCACUGUCUUCGGCUUUCUCGCCGCUGGUGCCAUCGCUGGUGGUGACGACUACAAAAAGUCUAACAAGUGCUCCAAGAUCAUCUGGGAGCCCGCGAGAUGCAAGCCCAUCCCCUACGGUGACAAGCGCGACGUGGAGGAGCGUGAGGCCGAGGCCGAGGCCGAUUAUGGCGACUACUCCUACCCGUCCAAGGUCUGCCACAUGAAGUGCCCCGACAAGAAGGCCAAGUACACCAAGUACGGCUGGGACUAUAGCUACGCUCGAUACGAAGGCUCCUUCGACGUCUCUGUCGACUGCAAGAAGGGCGGCGACUACAAGGUCACUGGCGUUGUCGGCCCUUGUGAGCCUGGCAGCAAGGACGACUGCCUCACCGUCACCUACAAGGGCGGAUACUGGCCUUCGGACAAGAAGAUCUCGUACCUGGGCAUCUACCCCUCGCCUUCCGGCCCCAAGUCCCUGAAGAAGCUCAACGCCAACGCCUACUGCUUCGGCGACAAGUGCACCAUACCCUUCUCCGAGAUUGGCGACCACGGUGAUCUCUGCGGUGACAAGUACUACAUUGCUAUCGACGCCGGCCGCUGCCCUUCUGAGCCCUACGGUCAGAAGUCCGCCGACAAGAUCUCCUUCGUCAAGCUUGAGAUCGAGUGCAUCGGCAAGAAGACGUGCCAGUCUUGGUGCUGCAAGACCGACUACUGA